AUGGCAGAGGAAGAAGCGACAGCACUGCCCGGGGGAGAGGAGUCUCAAGCAGAUGUGUGCCCUACAAUACGAGAGCUCCAGAGACUCUUGGAUAGUAAACAUCCUUUUCCUCAUCACGUGGACGAAGUGUGGCCCAACUUAUACUUGGCAGAUCUUUGUUUUGCCAAUAACCGAUAUGAGUUGUGGAAAUUGGGCAUUACACAUGUCCUGAAUGCAGCUCAUGGACGGAUGCAUUCUGACGGCAGUCCUGAAUACUAUGGUACCAGCAUAACAUACCAUGGGGUGCCCGCCAAUGAUCUUCCAGACUUCAACAUCAGUCAAUAUUUCUAUUCUGCUUCAGAAUUUAUUCACAAAGCACUGGACACUCCCGGAGCCAGGGUUCUAGUACACUGUGUUGUCGGAAUCAGCAGGUCAGCCUCUUUGGUUCUUGCUUACUUAAUGAUCCAUCAUCAGCUAACCCUGACACAAGCCAUACAGCACGUUCAAGAGAAUCGCUGGAUCUUCCCAAAUGCAGGUUUCCUUCAACAGCUAUUACACCUGGAUGAGGAGCUACAGCAGACUAGGAAGAAUCAAAGGCAGGAGGGAGAGCUGUCACAGAUGGCUGGCUGGGAGGAUCGACUUUGA